AUGAACAGAACAUACUCUUUGAGAAAUAGCAGGGCCCCAAGUGCAGCUCAGCUUCAGAACCCCCCUCCUCCUCCAUCGUCCACGAAAUCGAAAUUCUUCGGUAAGGCUUCGAUCUCGUCGAGCUUUCGUAAGAACACAGCCGGCUCGUUUGGCCCUGAGUUGUCCAGAAAGUUGUCGCAACUCAUCAAGACUGAGAAGAAUUUGAUGCGUUCGAUGGAACUGGUCGUCAGCGAACGUAAGCACGCUGCCACCCAGUUGAGUGAAUGGGGUUACGGCAACGAUGAAGAUGUCUCAGACGUCACCGACAAGUUGGGUGUGCUGUUGUUCGAACUAGGUGAACUGCAGGACCAGUUCAUUGACAAGUACGACCAGUACCGUAUCACCAUCAAGUCAAUCAGAGACAUCGAAUCUUCGGUCCAACCUUCCAGAGACCGUAAGGAGAAAUUAGCAGGCCAAAUCGCUGCCUUGAAGUAUAAGGAUCCUACCUCUGCUAAACUGCCCGUCCUAGAGCAAGAACUUGUACGUGCGGAAGCCGAGUCUCUUGUCGCUGAAGCACAAUUGUCCAACAUCACAAGAGAGAAGCUAAAGGCUUCUUUCAACUAUCAAUUUGAUUCUAUUAGAGAGUUAUCAGAGAAGUUCGCUUUAAUUGCAGGUUACGGUAAAGCCCUUCUAGAACUAUUAGACGACUCUCCAGUGACCCCAGGUGAGACUAGACCAUCUUACGAUGGUUACGAGGCCUCCAGACAGAUCAUUGCCGAUGCUGAGAACUCUCUAGAAGCUUGGACUCUUGACGUAGCUGCAAUCAUUCCAACUUUAUCAUUCCAUCAAACCUCUCAUGAUGUCUACGGCGAAGGUGAACUUGAAGAAGAAGAAGAAGAAGAGGAAGCUGGUGAAUGGGUCCAUGACCCUAAAGACCAUGAAGAAGAAGAAGAAGAAGAAGAGGAAGAAGAGGAAGAAUGA